AUGGACACCAAGACUAAAAUCCGCCCCCAACAAUCCUGUCUGAAAUGUCGCGAACGAAAAGUCAAGUGCGACCGCUCAAUCCCCUGUCACGCCUGUAUACUCCGCGGUCUCGCAGCAGAAUGCACCUACACAGCCACAGCCGAAGACCGCGCCCACAUCAGCCAAGCAGAUAUAAUCGAGCAAUUACGAAAAGAAGUUUCUCAGCUCCGCGGCCGUCUCAAUCAACCCCGUGAACCAGCCCGGCCACAGAAAAGCUGGCGAAGUCACCCGUAUGGGCCCCGCAAACAGAAAGAGAGGGAGGGGAGUUGGAGUGGGAGUUCUUCGACAAUGACAGUCAACGUUACGAGUCCGGAUAGUACAGGGAGUGAUAAUGGGGCUGGGUCUGUUUCUUCGCGAUCAGUUUCUUCGCGAUCGGCUUCUGUUUCGGCGCAGAAUACGUCUGUUUCGGUGCCGUAUUCUGCGGAUGCGCGGGAUUUGGAUGGUCGUGCGUAUUGUCUGCUUUGGGGCUUUGGGGCUUUGCUGAUCUUGAUAGAAUUACCCUUUGAAUAUCCGGAUGUUAAUCCGAUGCAGGUGCAUGGAGCCAAUGCGCCUAUUUACGACGGGCUGCCAUUCGAGGAACCGACGUAUUAUUCUAAUAUAAACUAUGCGCCAGUGCCAGUGCCAGUGCCAGUGCCACCACCACCACCAGCACUAGCACUAGCACCAGCGCAGACGCAGACUCAUUACGCACAUUACCCCGAUCAACUAUCCAACGAAAAUGAAAUGUGGAAAGGAUACGGGAGUACACCGAUGGCACCACCGGCGCCAUACACGUCUCAAUAUUCGUCUAUCGACACUUUCGCAAAUGCAAAUGCAAAUGCAACCGUUUAUCCAGAUGCGCUGGGCGACACAGCCAGUCGCGCCAGUUCCAGUUCCCUCUCGCCAACAAUCAUAAAUUCCAUACCUAGUUCCUGGAGGGGGGAAGGCAAAAAGGCCGUGCUGGAAGCCCUCCUGGAAACCAUCGGCAGUUGCGACGAACACCAGGUCGCGCAGGUGAUUCAUGUGGUGCGGACGAGUCCCACGCCUGAAGAUGCUGUUUCGGGGAUCUGUCAAGUCCUUGGAUUGGGGACUGGCUGGUAA